AUGACGGGGGCACCUCCGCCUGUGCCUGGCGGGGGAGUCCGAAACCAGAUCCAAGGUGAUGUUUUGGCAGGCAAAGUCCGGCCACCGACUGAGUCAUCGUCGCCCAACAAACUCGGGGACCGGGAAACUCAACAUACAAAGAAAAGGGCUAAACCCAUGCUGGCGGAACCCACAGUAAGUGGAGAAGAGGAUGUCAUCCUUGAUGAUUCCAUGGAGUCACCGAACGCAAUGCCGCAAAAAGGUCCGACAAAGGCAUGGGACCAAGGAACUAGUACAGCGAGAUGUUUAUUCAGCGAUGUGAUCCGAACUGAUAGGUGGUAUGUAGCCGAUUCAGAUUCGGAGGAGUGUGCGGAAGCCAUCCUUGAAGAUGGCCUAGAGUUUACUGCUGAUGAGGAAAUUGACCCGAUCUGCCCGGAAAUCCAAUUUUCUGCUGCUGAGAAGCGUAGCUUCUGCCUCCCAUGGCGUUCAGCCCUGGUGGUUAAGGUCCUGGGGAGAACUACGUCUUACACGGCCAUAUCACGCCGCCUGAACCAGUUAUGGGCGAAAGCUGGAGGGUUACAGAUCACAUACACUAGGAAUGGGUUCUAUCUGGUACGAUCUAUAAGUGGGGUGGAUUAUGAGAGAGCGAUCACAGGAGGUCCAUGGAUGGUGGGAGACAACUAUCUCACAGUGCAUAUGUGGCAUAAAACUUUUGACCCCUAUGAGAGAGAAAUCCUAUCUACGAAGGUCUGGGAACGUCUACUAGAGAUACCAAUCCAAUUUUUCCACGAGAAUGCGGUGAUGAAAAUUGCUCAGCGGAUUGGGAAACCGUUUCGUGUUGACCAAGCGACCAUUACAGCUGAUAGAGGGGAAUAUGCUAGAGUGUGCAUGCAAGUAGAUCUCACCAAGCCGCUACUGUCACAGUUCCGGAUUGAAGGCAAGAAAUACUUCAUAGCAUACGAAGGACUGGAAAAAAUCUGCCUCCACUACGGUCAGUAUAGGGAGAGGACGGUAUGUCAUUGUGAAAAACAGGGGGAGACACAGGAUCAACCAAUGCCCAGUUCCCCACAGGCUAGCCGACCCCCGGAACCUACUACUCCUUAA